UAGCGCAUGCGUGGUUCCAGUGAAAAAGCCACAAGAAGGCUAUAAUAAUUUUAUGUAUAAGCAGCUCAGUAGGAACCAAAUAAGAUGGCUGAAGCAGUGAAAGGAGCGUAUGACCUUAUAAACAGUGAGAAGAAGAAGGAAAGCUCUUCCAUUGAACCAAAGGAGUUCUUCUGGGACCAAUUCAUCAAGUACAUUGCUUCAGCUAUUCUUGCACUCACUGUGCUCAAUGUGACUGUGGAGUUUCUGAGGGGAGGGGGUGUGUCCUGCUUCCCACCCUCUGAUAAUGUGGGCAUCACAGCUCGGGACUUGGAGGGAAGGAUGCUCUAUGAGUUCGGCCGAGGGCAGACCAGCUACAUCAACAACUACUGUGCAAGAAGCAUCCCGAAGACAGAAUAUUUCCCGAUAUACAUUCUCAUUCAUGGCCUUCUCCUCAUCGUUCCACACUACAUAUGGAAUGCUCUUCACAAUGGAAACUUCGACAGCUUUUUCUCGAUUGUAGAUAAAUUAGAUCGUUUGCGAGACAAAUCUGGAGAAUACGAUUCCAAAAACUUUAAUCUUGUCACCAAGCUUGAGCUUGAAUAUAGUGGACGAACAAUCUACUAUACAUACAUCCUCAAGUUGUUACUACAGCUUGCAGUGUGCGUUGGAUCAUUAUCCUUUAGCUCAUGGUACUUUCUCGAUUGUGACUUUUCGUUCAGUUUCUGCUGCCCUAAUGACAACAGUUGCACUGUUUCCGAAGAAGCAAACAUCACUUGCCCUGUAAAUAUUACAGGGAGAAUCCCGAAAGGCUGGCCACUGAUCCUCAAUGUUCCUUGUGUCUACUCAAGUUUGCGAGUUCUCAAUUUAGUCCGCUAUGCUGAUUUUUUCCUUCUGGGUAUAGCCGUGCUGUUGGUGCUGUUUGGUUUGAUCUGGUGCUUUGUUAGACACACUGAACAGUUGGGACAUGAAGCCAUUGCUAAGUUUUCAUAUCAUAGCUGUUUAAAUGCCAACCUCCACAGCUUUCCUUCACCUAUAUUCUGGCCAGUCUACAAAUUUUAUCAGCAGUCAGUGGACCCUAAAAAACGACAAAAAUUGAUAAAGUACUUUUGGUUAUUUACACACUAUCCUCAGCUUCAUCUAACCAAUUUGUUUUUACCACGAAUCUUGAAUGAUCUGGACUUUCUACUAUUGAUGUUGUUCCGUGCUGACACGAGUCAUGGUCAAGUGUUCAAAGACAUACAGAUUAGCAAAGAUUUGAAGGUUUUCAUUGGAAGAGAUCAUCAGCUGUUACACCUCUACAUCAAUGUUCAGCAAGACUACGAUAAAGAUGCUCAAACAAGAGCUCUUCAGCCAAGGAGUGAACCUGCACACCCUAGUACUGAUGAGAGAGAAGCAGAUGGUGACGUGCCUGUGGAACUUGUUGUUACAAGUCCUUCCAGAGUAACAGUUGAGGACAAAGUUCCCACUGAUUUCCACAUGAUGUUUUUGGCUGAUUAUGACAAUCCCAAUGAUGGCAACAAAUCUACUACUCCGAAAAACACCACUCCAGAAGAGGCGGUGUUUGACCACUUUAAAGACUAUCUUGGUAAUUUAAAUUAUGAUGAGGAGUUGUUCUCAGGAAUGCGAGAUUGGAUAUACUAUUUUGUGCGUACAUUUGGACCAAAACGCGAUCAACUAGUUGAUGGAAAGACGCUUUUGAGAAAUACCUUGGCUCUUGAUGUUUCAUUUGGAUCGGUGGGAUUUGUUCGAGUUUUAGCUAGACCAUUUAAGAAGGUUGUGUCCUUGGAUUUCCACCCAUUUUUCUGCAACCCCGAGCAAGUUGUUGAGUCGAAAGAGUUCUAUACUAACUAUAAAUCAGUGAAGGUUCCUUUUGAUAUAUUUGUUCAAAACAGCAACAACAUUAGCAAAAUGACUGAUACAUUAGAAAAGUUCAUUAAUGCAAAACGCCACCUUAUUGACUUCAUUGUUAUCGGACCUUUGACAGAAGAGCCCAAAAAGGCAGUAGUGAACCUUCUCAUCAAUCUCCUGUUCACUGCUGAGUUUAUAGGGAAAGAAGCCACUUUACUAGCUGUUAGACCUCUCAAAGUUGGAUCAAAGAAGCUAACUACCCAGUUUUACAGUUAUGAGCCUCCUAAACAGCUGUUUGAGGCUGUGUUGGUGCAAAAAAAAUUAGAAGAGAGUCCAGUUAGAAAGAAAAAAAUGCGUAAAGUUGACAAUUGUGAUGGGGUAAAGGUUGUACUGGGACAAAUCCCCUGCGUGUUUGAGUUCAAAGUCUACAAGUACAAGUACGAGCAUGCAGUAAAACCAGCCGAUGAAACUGAUGGUGGUGAUGCAACAAGGCAAUCCGAUAAGAACAACCCAUUUGAGUCACAACCAAGCAAUAGCUCUGUCUCCGAUUUGCAACAAUUGUUAGAGAAUUUCACAAAUCUUCCACCCCCUCCACAUCGAUAACAUAGGACUUAUAAUUAUAACCAUCCAAAAGAUACAUUUGUUGAAUUGAACCCUUUAUAUUUACAGUUAUUUUCACUGUCCAACAGUUCUUCUCUUUGCCCAUGGAUGUUGAGAACAGGUUCCUUUGUUUGUACAAUCGUCACACAGCUCAUGUGUGCCACACUGGAACUCAUCAUAUAUCUUUGUGGGGACAUUUUCCUUGCAGCCAGGGCACUGCUGAGGCUUGGGCUCUGAUGGAGCUUGACUGGACGAGGGCUGUAUGAGAGAGAGAGAGAGAGAGAGAGAGAGAGAGAGAGGCAACUGUGUAAUAGUAUUCAUGUAUGGUUUAUGCAGUCAAGGAGUAAGUGAUGUUUAUUUUGCUACAAUAGUCAUAAUCAAUUUUUUGCUAGCAAUGCAUUUUUGUGGUCUCAUUGGACUGUCACCCUCUUCAUUGCUAAUGUUUUGAGUUUCACAUUAUUUUGCCAAAUUUACUUUAUUUCAAAUAACUACAUGUACAUGAUGAUACAUUAUUAUAAUCAGCUUAUCUAUCUUUCCAUGCAUGUUCUUUAUCUAGAUCUAUUUACUCUCCUCAGAUAUCGCCCACACGGUCUCUACGUGCCAUCUUAUGAAAAGGGCAUCUCUCUCCAUGGAUGCGGCUGCACUCCUUACAAAGAAAUAUCCUGUCACCACAUUGGUAUUCCUGAGUAUACUUCCACACAUCUUUGUGGAUGCAACCACAAGUAUUCUGGAAGAUACGUUUAAUCCUCCCAUCAUUGCUUACAUUACCAUCUUGUGGAGGGUCUCUCCUUGGACGAGCUUGACCACGGAAUCAUCUCCUGUGCUGGGCUGGCUUUGUUCCUCACUGGAUAUACUUCAAAGGGAGCUUCUAUGAGUCCACCCUGCACUACCAGCCUCAGUUCUUCCACUGCACCUCAGGGAGAUGUCUGAUUCUAUAGCCAGUAAGAGGCUGACAUGAGGAAAGAGUUUGAGUUAGCUGCAAGAACACUUACAGACUAGUGACUACUACCUUCAUGUGUCAUGUGUCAUGUGUCAUUAAACACAUUAGUUUUGUGGUAUGA